UCGACCAAGAAGGUACUCUCCCAAUUCCUGCGACAUGGCAAGGCCCCCCAAGAAAGCUCUCAGCGGGGCGGGAGGCAGCGCAAGAGGCGAGCAGAUUGCUCCUGAGGCAUACAAUGACUUUGACGAUGCAAUCGAUGCGGGUGUCGAGGCAGAAGAAAAGGCCGAGCGGUUCGCAGUGGGCAUCAAGGCCAGGCGACACUUUGAACGGAGUCUGUCGCUGUAUCGGCGAUCGCUGCAGCUCAAUCCGAGGUCUGCUGAUGCAGCCUACAACUGCGCACGGGUGUGCUUCCUCCUAGGCACGGCAUUCUACCAGCCGAGGACAAGCAUUUCCAUCUUGCGAGACUCUGUCAGGCUCUAUCAGCAGGCACUCUCACUCUCGCCGCCCACAGAGACGGCAAGUGAUGGCAACACCCUCCCCAAUGCUUUUUACCUCGACGUCCAGUUCAAUCUCGGGGCCGCAUACAUGGCACUCGGCGACCAGGUCGAUGAAGCUCCAGGGUCGACAGGCGGCGAUGACGGCGGUGAGAGAGUGAGCCUCGUCAGACAGGCCAUUGCUUUUUUCGAGGCUGUCAUUCAGGGGCAAGAGAUGGUCCUUGCGCGACAGCGUGUAGACGAGGAAGAGGCGAUUCGCCAGUCAGCCGAGACAGAUGCCGAGGCGCCAGGCCAAGAGCAGGACGAGCAGUGGCAGGACCAUGCCAUGUCAAACGGCGAUGCGGAGAGCAACGGCGAACAGGAGGGAGAAGAACAGUACACGACGUCAUUGAUCACACCCGCCUCGGCGAUGGAGACGCUGCACAACAUCCACAUGGCCUCGUUGGCACUCCUCGACGCCUCUCCUUUGUCCCCUCAGUCGGUCGAGGCCGCCGCAACAAUCUCGCUUCACGCACAAGCCCGGGCUCGGCAGCUCGCCACUGCAUACCCCGACGGCGAGAAGCGAAGUCCGGACGGUGAAUGGGCGGAGGGGCUCGCACAAAUGCAAUACGCGCCCCUGGCCAUAAAGGUGGCUCAAGCCGCCAAGCACGCCGAGAUCGCUGGGACCCAAUCCUGGCCCGAGGCAGGCGCAGAGGAAGCUGCGCUCACCGCUCUCGAGCAAGAGGUCCUCUCAUCGAUUGAUGCCGUUCUCUCAGAGGCCCAGGCUCCUAUCGACGUCUCGAGCACGGCAGGGCGAUUGCAGCAGAGGCUGCGGACAGGUCAUCUGGAAGAAAUAGGCGAUUGUUGCCUCUCUUUGGCCCGAAUCCGGAUCCGGUACCUUGACUUGCUCGCUCUUCAACCAGGCGGUGCCGCUGGAGAAGGAAUCAAGUCCAUUGCGACCCGAAGCUGGAACUUUCUUGCCCGAUCAUCCAAGGCCUUUCUAGCGGCCUUGGCAUCUCUGGAUACUCAGGCGGGCGCACAGGCCGGCUCUGCGGUUCUUGGCUCUGCAAAUACGUCCACGACGACCUCGCGCGCAAGGCUGACUCUUUACACGAGUCUUGGUGUCACAUCUUUGCUCCGCACCCACCAGGCCUUUGCGCAGCUCGGCUUUAUCAAUCCGGCCUCGCUCGGCACGCUACUGGACAACGCGAGGGUGUACGCUCGCAAGGGCCUCACCGAGGUAGGCCUCGGUUGGAUGCUCUCGUACAAAGCCACUGCUGCCGAGAGACAGAGGGCAAACUCCCACCCCUUUCCGCACGGCGGCGUUGAGUCGCUGCGGAGCGAGGCAGAGGCCAUCCUAACGCUGCUGAGAGCUCUCUUUUCGAGGCAGCAGGAAGGUGCAGUCUUCAAGACGACAACCGUCGAUUCUGCGGCGGAAGUCGGCUCGCUCUGGGCAGCGCUACGGGAGCUCGUUCGCAGACCAGACACGGCAGAGUCAGGUGGCACGCCGUGGUCCGUCGUUCUCCUUGGUACCUCGAGGGAAGCGCAGGGUGCCAGGACCCCGCUCGUGGACCAGAUCCUGGGCGAGGAAGGCGAUGUGGCACUGUCCGACGCCGAGCGACAGUUCUGGAACGGGAUGGACAACGAGGCGGGACCGUCGACGCCCCGACGCGAGCACGGUGGAGCGCUCAGCAAUGGCGUCGGAGAGGUGGAUCGGGCAAGCACGCCGACGGGCACACCGUGGACGGGCGUCAUGGCCGCUAAUGGCGACUCUCUGACACCGACGAAGCCCGUCGCUGCGCCUCCGCUAGAGCAGCCAUCGCCUCUCGGGAUGCUGCACCUCAACGGAGAGGCGAACACCAGUGAUCGCACAACGCUCCCGGCUCGUGCCCGCAAAAGGGCUGAGCGAGUCGAGGCGAGCUGGGAGGACGUGGAGUCAGAUGAGGGAGAGGCGGCGGGGGCGGAGGCGGGGACGAUUGCCAAGAACGGCGUGGCCAUCGAUGACAAGGAUGACCAGUGGGAGGACGAACAGUCGGACGAGGAAGGCGAAGAGUCGGAUGAGGAAAGUGAGAGCGGCCUGUCGAACCUGACUGAAUCGGCAUCCAAGCAGAGAGAGCACGGGCACAAGAGCGAAGGGAGUGGCAGGGCGGCAUUGAGAGAGUACAGGCGGAGCAGGAAAGCUUUGCUGCUCUCUGGCUUCUCGCCGUGGGAGCAUUCGUACGAGGACGAAGACGUGGACGAGGACGUCGAUGUGAUGGAUGGAAGGACACCGGCCUUUGACGAAAUCGGCCCUGACGCAAGGGCAAAGACGAACGGCAGACGGCUUGAGAGGACAGACAGCGAGGACAUGCUUACGCAUCACGACCCCUUCAGCGCGGCCCCGAGCACCGAAUCUGUCGACGCAGCCGAGCCAGCAGGCCGCGCACACGACGUCAGCCUCUCCCUAAAUGGCGACGACAGUGACAAGGGAAGCAUCGAAAAGGUGUCUGGCAACAGCAGCAACAGCAACAGACGGGCUUCCUCAAUUGCUCCAAUAUCCACAGUGAGCGGCAGUAACGGCAAGCUGAGCACGCCCUCGCACUCCAAGAGACCCUCGCUUUCUCCAAGGUCAACCGCUGUUCCAACAAUGCCUUCGCAUCGACGCGGCCAGUCUUCAGCUGCUGUGCAAGCCGUCGAGGGUCAGCCGGAGGACUGGCAGUCACCAUCGAGCAGAAAGUCGUCAAAAGACAGAGGCCGACCAGAGCAGAUCAAGCAAGUCAAUGUCUCUGAGCCUUCGACCCCAAAAGUCAAGGGCGACAAGGAUGUCUGGCUCAGCGAUGAGGGCGGCACCGAAGGCACGCCGCCCCAGGAACAGCGCCGAGGAUCUGGCGUGGGCGUGCAGGACACGCCGCUUUCGAAGAUCGUGGCCCUAGGCACCGCCAUCAGUAGUGCGGUAGGCUAUGCUACCGGCGCAACUCCUGCAAAAAUCUCAGUCCCUCAUAGCUCCACCACCAAAGGCGAUGACGAAACGGCAUCCAACACUGCAUCUGACAGCAACGGGCAGCCCGCUCUUCCAUCUUCGACCGCUGCAGCAAAGGCCGAAUCAGCGGCAGCAAAGCAAGCCAAGGCGAACCGGGACGCAAAGAUGGCUGAGCUGCUGGCAUCCAGGCUAGACGAGCUGGCCGAGGCGGCGCCCCCGUUCAGUCUAUGGGACUACCUCAAGGAGGAGGUCAUGGCCACCGACUUCGACUCGACGCAGGAGAUGAAGUGGGAACGAGUCACCAACUUUAUCGCCAUACCAUUCUGGAUGGAGAAGAUCAUCCUCUUUGGUUUUGCCGUCUGUCUCGACUCGUUUCUCUACACGUUUACCAUUCUGCCGCUGCGAUUCCUCGUCGCCUUUUACCUCUGGAUCCGAAAUACCCUCGUCUGGAUCACGGGCGGUCCCAAGCGAUAUCUGCACUCGAGUCAUAAGUGUGACAUGCUUAAGACGCUCCUCGUCGUCCUCAGUUGCUACAUCCUCAGCCGAGCGACAGACGCCAGCAAGAUGUACCAUUCCGUCAGGGGACAGGACGUCGUGAAGCUCUACGUCAUUUUUAAUGUCUUAGAGAUUGCCGACCGCCUCUGCUGCAGCUUUGGACAGGACCUCCUCGACUCGCUCUUCUCGCGGAGCACGUUGGCGAGGAGAAAGGACGGCAGCCAGCCUUUCCUGCGCCCGCUCGGUUUCUUUGUCCUGUCCCUGGGCUACAUUCUCGCACAUACGCUCGUGCUCUUCUACCAGCUCGUGACACUCAACGUGGCUAUCAACUCCUACGACAAUGCCCUCUUGACGCUCCUUCUAUCGAACCAAUUCGUGGAGAUCAAGGGCUCCGUCUUCAAAAAGUUCGAGAAGGAGAAUCUCUUCCAGCUGACGUGUGCCGACAUUGUGGAGCGAUUCCAGCUCACUCUGAUGCUGAGCGCUAUUGGUUUGCGAAACCUGAUCGAGGUAUCGGGCGCCGCAGCAAGUUCCAUCAGCCCGAGCGGUGCAGGGCAGCUGGGAGGAGCUGGCGUGCCUCUCAGUGGCGCCCCUUCGCCCUUUGCUGCGUCUUCGAUUGUCAACGGUGGAACUCUGUCGGCUUCGGGAGUCAAAGCGGGGUCCAUCAAUAGUAGCGGAGGAGCAAGCAGCAGCUCUGGCAGCAACUUUGGCGCGACCAUCUUGGGGCCCCUGCCGACUUCGUUCACCGUCUUUCCAUCCUUUAGCCUUCUCGAAACGGCAUUUGCGCCCGUGUGCAUCGUGCUAGGGUCCGAGUGCCUCGUUGACUGGCUCAAGCACGCAUUUAUCACCAAAUUCAACCACAUUCGACCGGCCGUGUACGGUCGCUUCAUGGAUGUGCUCUGUCGCGACCUCGUCGUCACGGGCUCCUCUGCCGGCUCGCCCAAUGCUCGAGCGAGAAAACACACAUUUGUGGACCAAAGUCCGAUUGUUUCGAGGAGGCUUGGCUUCGCUGCUCUCCCGUUGGCGUGCAUGCUUGUCCGAAUCACGCUGCAGAUGAUCGGCAUGGUCGGUGACGACAGUCACUUUGACGAGUGCGCUAUGCCUAAUCCUCCUUCCUCUACACACGAUGGUGAAGGUGACGCCAACGCUGCGAUCAAGGUGCUGCGAAUGCUCCAGGCCGCCACGGCCCUCGUCCUUCGGAAAGUCUUCUUGGUCCAAGACCCGGAGAGGGUCAUGGAGCACACGGCCCACUUGGUCGUUUCGACAGCCGCUUGGGCCUUGACGAUCAUGAUAGCUUGGAUCUUCCUCGUUGCGCUCAAACUCCUCCUCGGCACGAAUCUCGUCUCAUUUGCUUCACAUCGCUACGCCAGCGCACAGCGCAAGGAGCGAGAGCGCGAAGAGGAGCUCAAUGCUCGCGACCGGGCGCCAAUCGGCAUCGACAAGGAGACAAUCCGCUACGAGGCCGAGCUGGGCGCGUUGAUGGACCAGAACGAGGAUGACGCUGCUAAGCUCAGUCUCAGCCAGGCAAAUUCUACGCACGCCCCUCCUGCCGCCAACUCGUCAGGGCAGGGUCAGGCGAAGAAGGAGUUCAGCAAGGGACCCAACCUCAUCGACCACAGCCAGACUGAGUCUCUGACCAGCCAGGAUCGUAAAGAGGACGAUUGCGCAGAGCGCAUGCGCCUCUUGGAUGGCAAGAUACGCUCCCUCGACUUCCUGGCCGAAGCGAUAUGGCUUAAAGGUGGUGUUCUCUCUCCGCUCAAUCUCGAGGGCGGCACUGGCCAUCUCGAGCGGGGCAUACAGGAUUGCGGGCCCCUGUGCGCCUUUGAGCCAGGCGCGAUGCUCAGGGGGAAUGAGCGACGAGAAGCCGAGCGGGCUCGUGAGGCCCGCGUAAAGAGCCGAGAGGAGGGCGGAGGACCAGACGUCGAUGGCGAGGAGCGACGCAGGUUGCGUUAG